CCAUCAUCACAUCACUUUCAUAAAGGAGGGAAGAGUUAUGGAAAGGACAAGCAGGGUCAGCACACACACCUUGUAUUUGUUUACACCUGCAGAAAUAAAGGUCAUGGUGUUUAUCUGUGCUCGACAGCUAGCCACCGGUAAAUACUGUAAGCUAAUGUAUGUAGCUACUUGGAGCAGCGGAGUAAUUUUCAUGAGGAUGAAUCAGCUGGGUGAAGGUGGGUGGGUUACUCAAUGAAAUUGAAAUUAUUCGUCCCUGUUCCUCUGAUGAUGACACACGUAAAAUGUCGUGUAACGAAGAGUACGCCACAGUUAGCUACAGUUCAGUUUAAUCCGCUGCUAGCUAGCACAAGCCGCUAAUGAUGGUUAGCUCAGCGACGUAGCAACAAGCUAUCCGACACAACUUACCUUGCUCUUUAUCUCGCUUUGAAUCCAUCACAGGGCAACUUUUGCUACUCAAAGCUACCUGCCGAGGUGGAAACGUUGUUUUAACUGAGCGGUAGAAAGGCAAGAGGGUGGUUGUUUUAAUGGCAGUGUGAAAUUGGCAUCUGUCCUGGGGUGUAGUCAGGACACGAUCACUUGUACUGCUGUACAGCAACAGCACGCAGGUGGAUACGGAUUUCAGUCUCUGCAGUCCAGCCCAGCACAGGAGAUAGAGGGGGGUAAUAUUAGUGUGUGGAGAGAUGGGGACGUGGCUGACAAGAAAAUGCAUUAUUGUCUAACACAUAUACAUAUUUGUAUGUCUCCACUGUGCAACAGGUUUAAUUAAAAGUUCAUCUCUUCUUGCAGAGCUAGUAAAGAUCUGGUGACUAUAAAUGUAGAGACCUGAGUGUUCAAGUCUGUUUUAAAUAAGAUGAAAUGAGCAUCCUCCAAGGGAUGAACUAACCCACUUAAUAUUUUUUUAUACAAAUAAAUGAAUAGUAAUUUUAAUGAUUUGUUGCCUGAAUGAAACAUACGGUGGCUGCAAAUAAAAAAGAAUAAAAAAAAACAACGCCAAUGCUGCAAAUAAAAAAAGAAUUAAAAAAGAAACCACAACAAAAUUUGAUAUGAUAUGAUACACCGGUGUUUUACGAUCUAGGCACAGAAGACGAUGGCAAAAAGACGAGCAAAGAAGUUAUUAGUGGAAAGGUUAUUGUUUAAUUUCGCUUCGUGUGCUUUUCAAUGUGUCAUUUGGUUAGGUCAUGUAGCGCCUGAGUUGAUAUGAAGUUGAACUGAAGGUUGUUUGUGUAGUGUUAGCUUCAGUUAAACUCCAUAUUGAAUCAGGCACAACAUGGCCUAACCACAUUGAAAAGUUUACGAAGCGAAAUUAAGCAAUAACCUUUCCACUUACUUCUUUGCUUGGCUUUUUAUUUUUUGCAUCCUUUUAUUUUCGCAAUAAGUAAUUUUUUUUCCAUCGCCACUUUUUUUUUUUUUUUUUUUUUUGCAUCAUUAAUUUCCGUUGUGGCUUUUUUUGUUUUUAUCUGCACCGUUUCUUUUUAAUUUGCAACAGGCUUGGGUUUCUUCUUUUUUUCUUUUUUUUUUUUUUUUUGUAGCAGUGGCGGUUCUCGGCCACCGUACCAAACAUGACCCCGGUCAGUGUAGUUUCCUUCAUAUGAGCGAAAUAGCGUCUUGGUCGCCAUGCAGCGGGCUUUCAUUCACAUUAGUUUAUUUAUUUAUAUACCUAAGGUCCUAUUGGGUUGUCUCUCCUCCGGUGAACAGCAUCAGGGUGCCUCAGCAGACGCAGAUCAGUUUGCAGCUCUUCCCCCGCUGGCUUUGACACACCGGGACACUGCUCGACUACUUUUCAUUUUUUCUCGCCUUUUUAAGAGUACUCUCUUCUGCAGCUAUGAUGGACCUCCCCUGCAAGACUGAGUGGUAACUGUGACCCUUUUUUUAGGAGUUUAAACCUCAACGCGAGGGGACUGCUGUCUCCGCGGACCCACUAAAUGCCUUUCAUUGAAAAAAGGCGUCGGACGUUCAGAGUUGUGAAUGAGCUUGAAUGAACCAAUGGUUUGACUAAGAUGGGAAAUAAACAAACUAUAUUUACCGACGAGCAACUUGAUGCAUACCAGGUAAGCAUGCAUGCACGUGUCUACCUCCAGCAUGUGGGAAGUAUGACCAACUCCCACCUGAACACUUGAUGAAAAAAAAUUUAAGAAGUAAAAGUGUUUUUUUCUCUGAUUCUGACACAUAAGUCUGUUUCUCCUGUGUGAAAAAGCAAAUGAAAAAGUGCAGCGUUUUGUUGAAAUAGGGAGAAAAAGCAGCAAUAUGUUUUCAUUGUCCCUCAAGAUCAGUGGUAAAUGACAGACAAUCAUCUCAUCACUUACUUCAAUAGUCAGCCGUGACUUCACCCAAAUACUUGGCUCAUAUUUCAUCUCGGGUAAAACUGGAAGUUUCUGUUUUCCUGUGAAGAAAUGCAUCUCCAUGUGCACAGGUUUAUCAUGUGAUUCAGAGUGGAUUUAAUAAUUGAUGCCAAGCCGCGGCAAUAUGCUGUGAAACUCUACUCUCAGGAGACUGUUAAGUUCUCAAGAGCCUCUCUGGUUACUCCUGCUGCUUUUUUAAAAGCCCUCCCAAAGAUGCUGUUGCUUUCUGUUUGCCUUGUUAACUAUUUUACCCUUGGGUUGAUUUAUUUCUCUGUUUAAGAUCAAAUAUUUAUGAUUUAACAUUCAAUUCAACAGCAGACGACUGACCCAGAGUUUUUACCAUUACUCUGUAUUCCUUACUUGUAGAUAUGAAACAAGUCUUUACUGUUUAUUUACACAAAAUUAAACAAAUUUGGCUUGUUUUGACCUGAGCGGGUGUAUUUAAUUGGGUGCCAGGAAAGCAAGUUUCUCAUUUCUAAUCACAUUUUCAAAGCAGCACAAGUUAAAGUAAACAGAUGUAAGUUCACAAAAAACUAUAGAAGUGGGCAGCCUAAGGGGAAUGUAUGUGCCAGCACUUGCAUGUCAGACAACAGCCGAUCAUGUUCCCCUGCCCGAUCCUCGCUGAUGCAAAAUGGAAGGUGACAACACUCACACACGUCAGCAUUUAAGAGACACCAGACACCCUGACACAUGUUCACAGAGACGACUGUCCAUAUGACCUUAGAGUAACUGUAAUGGUACCUCAUGUGAUUCAUAGAGGGAGCAACAGAACCCUUAUUUAAGUAAUAUUGUAUUUUUGUGCUGACAUACUGUUUUUUAAUUUUAUUGCAGGACUGUACGUUUUUCACCCGCAAAGAAAUUCUGCGGUAAGACUUUAAUCAACUCUCCAGAGCUAUUAAAAGUUAUUCUUGUUUUUCUAAUUAAGGAGUGAAGUUGUUUUCAUUUUGUCAUUUGAUGGCCACCAAAUUUCUUUGUGGACACCCCUGCACAUCGUAUCAAUUUGACACCACAAGCUUAUCCAGACACUAUUCAAGCAUACAUGAAUCAUACACUCUAUAGACGUGCUAGUCUGUUUCACAAGUUUUUCUGUGAAGAUGUGAGUUACCUAACCUUAAAAAGUCAUGUUGACCUUUUGACUGCGGUGUUGUUUUCACUGCCAACCAGCCCAGUGUCACAUUUCUGCCUCCCUCAACACGUGUAACCCUAAUACUUACCAAAAAUCUGUCUCUUGUGGAUGGCGAAAGGUAUCAUGACUCACUGGGUAGCAUCGUUUCUCUCUUCCCGUCACUCACCUUCUCAGUGACGGACGUAAAUUAAAGUGGGUGGUUUCAGUUUAAUGGAAUCACAAAUGAUGCUCUGGUUGCUGUGUCUUGAAGAUAGAGAAGUACUCAAAGAAAUUAAGCGUACAUUAUAGAGAGUCAAAAAGGAAAAGAUGAAAAGUAAGGGAUUCCAGGAAAGACAGAAAUGAAACAACCCUGAAUGUACAGUAAGGUUUUCUGAAUAAAAAAAGCUGCAGUCUGUCACUUUCUUUUUGAAUUGUGCAAAAUCAAGAACUGACAACAAAGUAAAAUUGAACAUGCAUGUUGAAGUCAAGUGUAAAACAAAUCAGUUUCCUUGGGAAUGUGUCCAGAAGAGUUGCUUGUUUUUUUCAUCUCUUUUCACUGAAGAACACAGUGAGCAUCACUUCUGCUCCUCCCAUAAGAUAUUCAUUUAACUUGAAAGGCCUUCAUUAAAAUGGAAGCUAAAUCGGUGAUCAGCAGAGGGCAUGAUUGGGUUCCACACUUGAUGACCAUCAUAUAACACCCACUGCUUCUGUUCCCAGCUGUGACAGUAACCACUCAGUUAUGUAAUAUCAGAAAAAAGUCAUCUGUUGAAGUCAUAAGUACACGUAUCUGUACUUGUUCUGCCUUGUUUCAAAUCUCCACGUUAACAUUACAUCACAGUAUUUUAUGUUUUUUUGCAUCCUUGAAACUCCAUCAUUAGACAAGUUUAUUCAGUUCAGUUACACUGAGUUUGUCCUUGACCAUGGUUCCUAAGGACAAACAUAAGGACAUUUCAAUUUUUUUGAGCUGCACCUGUAGUUUACAGGUAUGUCACAGAGUAAGUUUUUCUCCUCCUUCUUUGUACAAGAAAAACAGAAGUAACCUCAUUUUUUAAAAGGUUUUUAUUUUCCUAUUUUGAUUCUAGGUUGCACGGACGAUACCAUGAGUUGGCUCCACAUCUUGUGCCGAUGGACUACACCAAUGAUCCUGACUGUAAACUGCCUUUAGCCUUAAUAGUCAACAUGCCAGAGCUAAAGGUAAAAAUCCAUCUUUACACUGUGAGUCCUGUGCCCUUAUUUGGUAACUGUUUUGAAAUGAAUCAGCUGUUUUCACUUUUACUUUUAAAGGGAUAUUCUGGUUUCAAUUAAUUUAGGGUCAAACACACCUGUUAGACACCCCCUCUAGAGAUGUUGCUGACCACUUGCUUCUCUAGUUAUACCGACUUUAGUAAUGACCGCACAAUAGCAAUACACAGCGGUCUGAGGAGCCACACAUAAACCUCAACCAAAACGCCACUCUAUAGCCAGCAGAACAGCACCUAACUUCAUCAACAGUAUCUAUAGGGUCCCAGCCACAGCACUAGCCACCAAACAUCUUUUUAGCUUUGCCUAAUUUCUUUAGCAAAGAGACUAAACACAACUCACCUACUCUCUUCCAGCAGCCGCUAGAGUGGUGUUUUGGUUGAGGUUUGUUUAUGGCUCUGAGACUGCUGUGUAUUGCUAUCGUGCGGUUGUUACUGAAAGUGGUUUAACUAGAGAAGCAAGCGGUCAGCAAUAUUCAUUUCUCAAGGGGGUGUCUAACUCGGUGUUGUGGUGUGUUUGACCCUAAUUUAAUUUUACACUGGAAUAUCCCUUUAAUGUGUCUCUUUGACUGUCCUGAAAUGUUUAGAUUGUGCUUUAAAGGCAUUAAAACAAACAUGGCCUACACUGCUCAUGAGGGCCAGCACCCAAUCAAUAUCUUUCUCAGAGGACAGAAUUGAUUUUUUUGACCAUUACCGACACUGAUCUGAUUGCAUGACAUCAUAUUCCGUGAGCUUAUGGAAGUUAAUGUGCCAUGAAGCCUCAGCCGCUCCACCUCAGCUGAGUGAUGCUUCCCCUCCUUUUAUAAAGUGCCUCACUAUUGUAAAGAUAAGCAACUUUUUCUUUUCUUUUUUUCUUUUUUUAAAAAGGCAUGUUGCGUGACAUCAUGGCCACAAUUACUUCCACAUUUCUCCCCCAGACAAAAGUACGACACAGUUUUAUAUGGAGACCUUAUCCACCGAGGGGCCUAGCAGAGACUCAUAAUGCGUCUUUACCUCGGGCAUAAUUGGCUCUUGCCUGUUAAACUGUCAGAUGAUUUCAAGGUCUGUGAGGAUGGCAGGAGCAAGAUGAAGACUAUCAACGGCAGAACCGAUGAGGCCAAGACAAUAAAGAGUCAACCAAUGUUCUCUGCAGCUUCAUAAAUACAUUGCCGGGCCAGUUUUAAUGUGCUGUGUUAAGUCAACUGCACUGAUUCAAAUGGCUCUCUUUGCUGAGCUUGUAUUGAGCUCAAACAUGCUAACCAUGCUUUGUUGCUCUAUUGCCAGCAGGUUAGAAAUUACCCCGGAUUUGAACUCCCACUUGAUUGCUUUCUUUUCAAGUAGAAUUUAUGAUAAGAUGUGUCAAAUCAGCAAACUGUAGGAUGUAAAUGAGAAGCUUAUGGUUGAGUAAUAGAGGAGAAAAUAUUGGCUUUACCACACCAGUAAAGCGAGGGAGUCAGACUUCAUUCUUUAAAACAAAGCUGAGCCUUUAUUAGCAGAAAAUCAUCACCCCAUGUAUGAAAUCAGGAAAGAAAGUUUUAUUUCUAUAGCAUCAAUCACAGGCACUGUGGUUCUCAGCCAAAUAAAACUAUGAAAAUUAAAUAGAAAGGGAAUUUUUGUGGUAGUCCUAGAAUGAAAUAUGUAAAAUAUAACUGGAUAUCAGCUGCACAGAAAAUUUUCUAAACAUUACAGUCUAUUUGUAAUGGGGGCAACCAUAGACUGUAUAUAGAAUGGACGCCGUCUGCCUCCUCGCUGGGUGAAGCCACUCAGAGAACAGCACCCUCUGGUGACAGGCUGCAGUAUAGGUCAUAAAUCCCGCCUCUGCCAGCAAAGUUUAUGGAGCUGUGGACAAACUUUAGAAAUUUUUUUACACAGAAUAUAAAUUUUUCUCCCCCCUGGUUGUGAUGUUGACAUGUAGUUACAGUAAGACUGGUUUGUCCUCUUUUUUUCUGUACAACUCAGUUUUAUUAGGGGGUUCAUGUUUUCUAUGAUUGACACUUGAUACAGCCUAUGGGCGUACGAAGAUUGCGUAGCUCACCCAGGAAUACGCUGUUUGAGCCGAGCGUCAUCACAGCGACUCUCUGCGACUCUACCACCAAAUGCGUACAAUGUGCAGUGUUGGUUUCAGGAAGUUAAGAAAAAACAUGGAAUUACAGAGAGCGUUUCGGCUUCAAAUCUGUAUACUGGUGGAAAGUGGAACCAAGUUGUCCAUAGUAUACACAGUCUAUAGGGGCUACAUGUAUAUGGGGACUAAAAUGGGUCCUUGGGGAACACCAUGUGAAGAAAGAACUUUGCCCACCACAAAUCCCCGACAGAGGGCAAUAACGGAACAAAUCAAAACAAAAGCAUACUGGGUAUUUAAUCAGACUUUCCCAUCCUAACUGUGCUGUACAUACUCAGUCUUAGCUUUCCUUAAAUGUGGUCCAACACUAACAUUGUCAUUUUUCAUUUUACUCUAUAGGAGAACCCGUUCCGCAACAGGAUUGUCGAGUCGUUCUCAGAGGACGGGAUGGGGAAUCUUAGCUUCAAUGAGUUUGUUGACAUGUUCUCAGUCCUCAGUGAAAUGGCUCCUAGAGAACUUAAGGCUAUUUAUGCCUUCAAAAUAUACGGUAUUGACCAAAACAUCCAUGUAAUCUCAUUUUCUAUAACUUGAUCAUUUUUGCUAAAACCCUGUUUCCUGUAACAGAUUUCAAUGUAGAUAACUACCUGUGUAAAGAGGACCUGGAGAAAACUCUGAACAAGCUGACAAAAGAGGAGCUGACUCCUGAAGAGGUGGAGCUGGUGUGUGAGAAGACCAUAGAGGAAGCAGAUUUGGAUGGAGACAACAAACUUUCCUAUGCUGACUUUGAAAAUAUGAUAACUAGGGCUCCAGACUUUUUGAGGUAAUCACAAACUAAAGCAUUUGUUUACAUGUUUUGUUCUUGAAUAUGAAAAGCAGUGGCAAAUUUGUGGCGAGCAGUUCCACUCUGUGUGUUCAUACUGACAUUUACAAUCAUGGACAAUGACUCCUUUUAUUUCAAUGCUGCUCCCUCAUACCGUUUCUUUUGUCUCUGCAGCACUUUCCAUAUACGAAUCUGAACUAAAAUUUCCAUUGCGGACAGUGUGGAGGACAGCCUCAGGACUCUACCUGCACCCUGUUCUGACUACAGCACAGUGCCUGUUAUACCCUCCCAUUGCAAAAAAACAGCAAACACUCUAUACUACUGAUUCUCCAGGAUGCUGACUUUCCUCACCGUGGAUGAAUCUGUAAUUUCUCCUCACCAGCUGUGAAAGGGCUUGACCUGAACUGGUCUCCUGUUGGGAGGAAGAACGAUGAUGAAAAAGUGAAAAAGCGAGCAGACUCUGCUGCUUAUGGGGCACAUUUAUCUACCUAUAUUGCACAUGGGAUACUCAGAUAAGUCUUCCUACUAUGAACACAAAAUAUUAACUAUCGAUAAAGCUUGAAGAUAAUGAAAGCACAGUGUUAGCAUUAAGGGCAUACAGAUGUUUUAUAAUAUGAGCUAUAUUUGUACAUGCUGUACUCACUGUCAUUAUUAUGGAGCUGGGAAAUGACAAUCAUUUCUUACUGUUCUCCAGUGAAACAAAGGGCUCUCUCUCUUCUGAACUAUUUCUGGAGGCUUUCAUCUAUUUCCACAGCCAUUAUCAUGAGAUUUUACCUACAGCCAUGUUUUUUGGAUUAACAUGUUACAGUAUUUUAUGUUCUUUCAGGUAUUUAUUGUAUUGAAUAAAUAUUGUUUUCUGAUUGAA